CAAAGCCCUAAUUUAUCAGACAGCUGCUUAGAUUUUGUUUUCUUCAUUGUCGUCGUCGGAGUGAAUUAGGGAUUCGAGAAUGACGAUGAACUCGCUUCCGAGGAGAUUUGGGAAGAAUCAUGGCUAUUUGGAUCGAGAUUAUCGAAACGGAAGACGAUCUGGUUCAGAUUCCGAUGAAGAAUUGAAGGGAUUGAGUCACGAAGAGUAUAGGAGGCAGAAACGGCUUAAGAUGAGGAAAUCAGCCAAGUUCUGCUUUUGGGAGAACACACCGAGUCCACCUAGAGAUCAGAACGAGGAUUCCGAUGAGAACGCCGACGAGAUUCAGGACAAGAACGGCGGCGAAAGAGAUGAUAAUUCGAAAGGGAAAGAAAGGAAAGGUAAAUCUGACUCGGAAUCUGAAUCUGAUGGUUUGAGAUCUAGGAAGAGGAAGAGUAAGAGCUCGAGGUCUAAGCGCAGGAGAAAGAGAUCUUAUGACAGCGAUAGUGAAUCCGAAGGGAGUGAGAGUGAUUCGGAAGAGGAAGAUAGGAGACGAAGGAGGAAGAGUUCUUCUAAGAGGAAGAAGAGUAGAAGCAGCCGUAGUUUUAGGAAAAAGCGAAGUCAUAGGAGAAAGACGAAAUACAGUGACUCUGAUGAGAGCAGCGAUGAAGAUAGUAAAGCUGAGAUUAGUGCUUCUUCGUCUGGGGAGGAAGAAGAUACCAAGUCAAAGAGCAAGAGGCGGAAGAAAUCUUCGGAUUCUAGUUCAAAACGAAGCAAGGGAGAGAAGACGAAGUCAGGGAGUGACAGCGAUGGUACUGAGGAAGAUUCGAAGAUGCAAGUAGACGAAACGGUGAAGAACACUGAGCUAGAACUUGAUGAAGAAGAGUUGAAGAAGUUCAAAGAGAUGAUUGAAUUAAAGAAGAAAUCUUCAGCUGUUGAUGAAGAGGAAGAAGAAGGUGAUGUUGGUCCAAUGCCAUUACCUAAAGCUGAAGGUCACAUCAGUUAUGGUGGUGCUUUAAGACCCGGUGAAGGAGACGCCAUUGCACAGUAUGUUCAGCAAGGUAAACGUAUCCCACGUAGAGGAGAAGUGGGUCUUAACGCUGAAGAGAUUCAGAAGUUUGAGGAUCUUGGUUAUGUGAUGAGUGGAAGUAGGCAUCAAAGGAUGAAUGCUAUUCGUAUUAGAAAAGAAAACCAGGUUUACAGUGCUGAAGACAAACGGGCAUUGGCCAUGUUUAACUACGAGGAGAAGGCGAAGCGCGAGGCUAAGGUUAUGUCUGAUCUGCAGCGGCUUGUGCAGCGCCAUAUGGGAGAAGAGGUGGGGCCAAAUCAUGACCCUUUCGGUGCUGGAAAGACUGAAGAAGAUGAUGAUUGAUUUUGCUUGGCUUCCUGCUUCUGUUAUGUGGGUACUCAUCUUAUGCUUUAUCUUGUUGAAUGUUCCUUAUUUGCAUCAUAGAUACUGCUGUUUGCUACUUGCCCGUUAAUGAGCUUCGUAGUUUAUGCUUUAAUCUGCUAUGUAUCCGUUAAUGAGCUUCAUAGUUUAUGCGUUAAUCUGCUAUGUAUCACAUGAUUGUGUUUGUGUGUCAAAGAUAAUAGAUUCUGACACUGAGGAUCUGCAACCGUUCUUGUGCAUUUACCUUAGGUCAUGUUCGAUGAUUGAAUUUUGCAGGGCAUUCACUUAGUUCUGAGAUUGUAGAACAAUCAAUUAUUUAGGAUAUCCGCUUUGAGCCCACCACUGUAUUUUCGAAUAAUGUCCUUUAAUGAGCUUCACAGAUUAUGCAUUCCUCCCUCUGUAUUCAUAUCAUUGCGUUUGUCUGUUAAGAAUCCAGUC